AUGCUAAAGCUAUGGUUGCGCGCCUUCGGCCAAGGCGCUGCUUUGGUUGGAGUUUUGGGCGCUGCUUUUUUCACGUACAAACAAAUUGUAAGUCCAAGACGCCCGCGCACUCCGGCAAAACGUGUCGUCCACAUUUUCUAUGACAAAGAAAUUGAAGAAGCAGUUGCCCCUCACGCAGCACGGGAAACAUUGUCAGCGUGGAAGUACAAUUGGCGGCUAGCUGGAUGGCAUCCACGCAUUCUAACAACUUUCGAUUCUCAACAUUCAUCACUGCAUGAUGACCUUGUGCAUGCUUUGUCGUUGGCGCGCUACAAGCAUGCAAGCGAAAAAGAGACGUCAUGUCUUAUGCGCUAUGUAGCGAUGGCAGCUGUUGGAGGGGGCUGGCUGUCUGAUAUUGAUACGGUUCCGACAAAUCUGCAGCCUGGCCGAGACCUACCAAACAACGGCAACUUCACGGUCUUUGAGAAUGAGUUUGCAUCCAUGAUGUCCGGUACCAGGGUCGAGUUUGAAAGAGUGUUGAGGGUUUUGCUUCGGAGGCUGAGGAAGGGCAAAGUUUCCACCGGGGUCCCUGGUGUGUGCUCUGACAAGCACACACUGAGAACCAUGGUGGCGGAAGGCCAAAUUCUGUCAAUGCGACUGGUCAUCCCUGCCGACUUUUGGUCAGAUACCGCAACCUGCGCAAACAUGACGAAUAACCGCAGCUUUGCUAUUCAGUUCUCACAGGCUUCCAUCGAGAAUCUUGGAUACCUCGUCGAUGGUCGUGGUGCUUUGAUGAAUCGUACGAUGGAUCGUUGGCGGGCAUGCCGCAACAAAAACACAUUGGUUGUUUGA